AUGACCGAAGUACAACAACCCACGCAAACGUCGCUCGCGACCGAUACAUCUCUCGAAACCGCUACAUCGACUGAGCUCGUACCGACGACCGAACAGACGAUCAUCACGACCAAUGCCGAGGGCAAAAAAGUUAAGAAGAUCAUCCGUCGCAAGCGGAGACCGGCGCGUCCACAGGUCGAUCCUGCUACGAUAAAGCCUCAAGAAGUCGCGCAGACGGGUAACAUCUACAACGUCUGGUACAACAAGUGGUCUGGCGGCGACAGGGAGGACAAAUACCUCUCUAAGACUGCUGCGCAGGGACGCUGCAACAUCGCCAAGGACAGCGGAUACACCAAAGCCGACAAGACACCCGGAUCCUACUUCUGCCUCUUCUUUGCGCGUGGCAUCUGCCCAAAGGGUGUGGACUGUGAGUACCUCCACCGCCUGCCGACCGUCACCGACCUCUUCCCGAGCAACGUCGACUGCUUUGGGCGCGACAAGCAUGCCGACUACCGAGACGACAUGGGCGGUGUAGGAACCUUCCAACGACAGAACCGAACGCUAUACAUCGGGCGCAUACACCCCACAGACGACAUCGAAGAGAUCGUAUCGCGACACAUGCAAGAAUGGGGCGAGAUCGAGCGAACGCGUGUCCUAACAGCGCGCGGCGUAGCCUUCGUCACCUACACCAACGAAGCCAACUCCCAAUUCGCCAAGGAAGCAAUGGCCCACCAAUCCUUCGACAAUAACGAAAUCCUAAACGUCCGCUGGGCAACCGUUGACCCCAACCCACAAGCCGCAAAGCGCGAAGCCCGCCGCAUCGAAGAACAAGCCGCCGAGGCGAUCCGAAAAGCGCUCCCUGCAGCCUACGUCGCUGAACUCGAAGGCAGAGACCCCGACAGCAAGAAGCGCAGAAAGGUGGAAGGUAGCUUUGGACUACAGGGCUACGAAGCACCAGAUGACGUGUGGUACGCGAAGGAGAAGAGCGAGUGGGAAGCAGCCAAGCAGCUCGAAUCCGGUGGCAUGGGCGAGCGCAUGAUGAUUGAGAGUGGAGAGUCGGCAUACCAGGAGGACAGCGCUGCUGCACUACAGUACCAGCAAGAUGAGAACUCAGCUGCGCAACAGCAGGCUAAUGGCAUCCUAUCGGGCUCUACACUAGCGGCGCUCAAGGGCUUCAAGGCUACGCCGUCGAAUAAGCGGCCUGCGCCUGUUGCGGGGCCGUUGGUGGAUUAUGGCAGUGAUAGUGAUUAG